GGCUGGCACGAUGGCUGUGUUCGUUGUAUGGUUGGCGUACCAACCGCCUCUGUAAUUGCCACCAUCCUUUGUUUCACUGGGGUGGCCUUGUUUUGCGGAUGUGGUCAUGAAGCUCUGAGUGGAACUGAAAAACUGAUUGAGACAUACUUUUCGAAGAACUACCAGGAAUAUGAAUAUCUCAUUCACGUGGUAAAUGCUUUCCAGUAUGUGAUAUAUGGCAUCGCCGUCUUCUUUUUCCUGUUCGGAAUCCUGCUUCUGGCUGAGGGAUUUUAUACCACCACUGCAAUUAAACACAUUCUGGGAGAGUUCAAGCCACCCUCUAUUAAAGGCGGCCUUAUCUCAACUGUAACUGGAGGACCACCCAAACCUAGGAGUGUCAGGGGAAGGCAGCCAAUUCACACCUUGGAACUCCUCUGCCGCUGCUUAGGGAAGUGGCUGGGGCACCCAGACAAGUUUGUUGGAGUCACAUACGCCGUCACCAUCCUGUGGAUCCUGAUCUUUGCCUGCUCUGCUGUUCCCGUCUACAUUUACUUCAACACUUGGGUAACCUGCCAAUCCAUUGCAGCUCCAGCAAAGACCUCAGCUGGCAUUAGUAACCUGUGCGCUGACGCACGCAUGUACGGAGUUCUGCCAUGGAAUGCUUUCCCCGGAAAAGUGUGUGGAGCCAGUCUACUUGCCAUCUGCAAAACCAGUGAGUUCCAGAUGACGUUCCACCUUUUCAUCGCCGCAUUUGUAGGCGCAGCUGCAGCUCUCGUGGCUCUGGUGAGUUGUACUGAUUAA